AUGGGAGGAAUGGAACUGAAACUGCUUCGUGACGACAUUGUUGUCUUGACUGAUUGCUUCGUUUCUACGUCACUUGCAACGUUCCAUAGUGAAGUUAAAACUCGUCGGUACCGCGUCUUCGUUGACUUCAAAUUGAUGAAGCUUGAAAGAGGGUCCCAGCAAACACCUUACUACAAGAUUUUGUUCGAAGCUGUCUUCGUUGUGGACAGAUGUGUGAGCUCUCCAUGCCAUAACAAUGGUAAAUGUACUAGCAUUCCUAGUGGGUACAGCUGCGAUUGUCUGCCAGAAUUCAGUGGAGAUAACUGUGAGAUAAGCAAGUUUGUGGAAUACAUACAUCUGGGGUGUUUCCAAGACAACAAUGUCAGCAGUGUAAUUCCAUCUUUGGAGUCAGAGAAUGCCACGUACCUCGAUGGUAAUUUCACAACAAGAGCUAACCCUAUUAAAAAAUGUGCUUUGGAAGCUGCCAAGAUGGGCUACAAAGUGUUUGCUCUUCAAGACCAAGGUGCCUGCCAUUCUGGUCCCCAUGCUCAUCUAAAUUACAGUGUAUAUGGUGAUGGGCUGUGUGGUUUAGAAGGGCUGGGAGAUUUUCUUGGAAAUGACGUUUAUCUUCUUGGAGCAAAAUGUGGUAACCUGCUAAAUGACAGUCUCAUUCACUUGUCGAACACCACAAUCCAUGGCUCAUCUUUCAAUGAGUCCUGGGAAGUCCCUCUAUUAGAUGGGGACUAUUCUUGGUGUCCAGAGGAUAGUGACUUGACACGCAAACUUGAGAUUGACUUAGGGCGCGAAGCUUUCUUAACUGAGCUGACUUUGCAAGGCAAAAAAGACUCCAUGGAUUAUCCCGACAACUACUGUUUUGCCUCUGCUGUUGAUGGUGGUGCAGAUGAGGAGAUCGUUCAAGAUUUUUCAACUUGUUUAGUAAGAAAUAACAAUGAUAUUUUAAUGCGCCUUUUACUGAAUAACACGGAAGCAACAGGCAGCACUGUUACAUACAGUCACACAAGUGUGCGUGGAAAUUUGACUGAAGCACCUCUGAUUGAUGGAAAUGUGUCAUGGUGUCCCGAUGAUAUGGAGUUAAAGUUUCUUCCUAGGUUACGAGUGGAUCUCGGUAUGCCUUUCAACAUUUUUAAAGUUGAAGUGCAAGGGGCCAAGGAUGCGAAAGAAUGGCCUUACAAGUUUUGCCUUAGUUACAGUCUUAAUCAGAGUCAGUUUACUGAAGCAAGAACCCAGGAAUCAUCGUGCUCGAUGGUGUUAUGGUUUAUGAANUUUUUUUUGCCAGGAUGCAGUCACAAAACAAAAAAAGGCAAAUGCUGUGUUUUGCCAUUCUUGUAUGAAGGCCAACUGGUGUAUUCCUGCAUCAGAGAUAAUCAUAACCAGCCCUGGUGUGCAACAACUGAUAAUUACGACAGAGACAAGCUUUGGGACAAUUGCCAAGGUACAAAAUUAUGUAUAAACAAUUACUCCGCAACCUAAAUCUCACACAGAGACACGUACCCAAUGCAAUUUCCUGUUGUUACGGUACCUGGUUGUCAGGUCAUCCGCCUUCAACAGAAUUCUAUUAUCUAAGUUCAAACUAUUAACUUCACAAAGCUUUCC